CAGCCACCAGCUCUACGGCCUCUUCAUGGCGAGGCUCUCCUUCGCCAUUUUUGAGUGGGACGCCGAAGACGUGUCCCGCCUGAGAGGAGCCAAGCAGUCCGAGGAGGGGAGGGACGCCCAGGAGGUCAAGCUGUCCGCCAAGGAGCUCGCCCGUCACUGCCGGCGCCGCACCAGGGGUGCAGUGGAGACGGAGCGGCUGGUCCAAGAGGUGCUGGACACCUUCUGGCACGUGACGGACAGCAUGGGCGUCCCUUUGAUCGACCGCGCCCGAAUGGAGGAGAUCUGGAGCACGCAGCGCCGACACCUCGACUGCAUCCAGGACCCUGCGGGAGUGGACCUCUACACCAAGACGGGAGAGCUCACCAAAGGCGGGGUGAGGCUCCCCGUCUACCGGUGCGGCCGAGGCUCCACUUCCCUGGAAUCGUUCCACCUGCACCUGUGCCGCUUCAUCCCAGGUAAGUACAUGUGUGGUUUACAACACAGACUCAAUUAUGUAUUUGUGUGUUUAUUUGUCCUCACACUAACUGUGUUGCUUUGUUUCUGCUUAGGACAAUCUGCAAGUGAUGUACACUUCCAGGUGUACCUGCUGGAGGGCCUGGUGCGGUGGAACGAGAAUCGAGGGAGGACAGAGGUCGGCGCUGCGUUGCUACAGUGCCCAGCUGCAGCACAGCUUCGACCAGCUGACCCAAGAGCUUCUUGGGCUCACGCUGGUCGACACGUACACCAUGCCCAGGGAGUACACAGGGGAACUCAUUGGGGUGGAGUACCUGUUCUCCCAGACGGGCGCUGUGCUGCAGAAGGACCUGGAUGAUCCUGACGCUCCAGGAGGGACUGAUGAGGACGAAGCCGGGGGG